AUGGAUCUUCAUAAAGCUAUUCAAGCGAUGUCAAUUGAAGAUGAUAAACCCCUUACUCUCUUGAAUCAAUCAAAGUUCUGUUCAAGUGAACGAAAUUGUUGCAGUGUUAUGGGUAGGUUUUUGAAUCCUACAAAUGAGAGGAUGUCUAAUUGGAUAUUAGAUAUGUCUAGAUUAUGGAGAUUGAACAACAGAGUUCGAGGUGUAGCUCUAUCUCAAGAGAGAUUUCAGUUUAUCUUCAAAUCUUUAGAUGAUUUAGAUGAAAUCUUAAAGACAGGAGUCUGGACUCAUGAUGAUUGGUGUGUGUUUAUGGAAAAAUGGAUUGAAAAGCCUCAAGAUGAUUAUUUGAUGUUUCUUCCACUGUGGAUUCGUCUCCGCAAUAUUCCAAUCAAUUAUUACACUAAGGAGAAGAUUCAAGAGGUAGCAGAGUGUCUUGGUAAGGUGUUAAAGAUAGAGUUCGAUUCUGAAAAAUCGCAAGCUCAAGUCUAUGUCCGUGUUCAAGUCCUAUUUGAUGUUAGAAAGCCGUUAAGAAACUCUAAAGCUAUUCAGCUUCCCUCUGGUGAAAUUGUGUCAAUCAGCUUUGAUUAUGAGAGAGUUAGGAAAAGAUGUUUUCUAUGUCAAAGGUUAACUCAUGAGAAAACUCUGUGCCCGUUUAAGCAAUCUGACGAAACGAAAGUUUCCUCCGAGAUCUCAAAAAGCAUAGAUAAGAAGAAAGGAGUUUUCCUAGAGAAUGAUUUUCAACCCUUCCCUAUCAUACUCCUCCAAAACUACUUGCAAAUGCCAUGA